CAUUGCGUGAGGAAGGCGGGGACGCCCGCCUCCCAAGCUGCCCCGCGCCGCGAUCCCGGCGUGCUUCGCGCGCGGCCCCGAAGGGACUACAUGUCCCGUGAGCCUCCGCGGCAUGGAGCUGCGCGCGGCGCGGGCGGAGCGCUCGCUGCGCGACUCCUUGUGCGCCUUCGGCUUCGAGCUGCAUCCCCUCCAGGUUGGAUGGUACAACGCUGUUCUUCAGCCGCCCUUUCACCUGGCCUACCCAGACAACACCCUGGCUUUCGUUGUCCUCAGCACACCUUCCAUGUUUGACAAAGCCUUCAAACCCUUUGUGAACAAACAGCUGCUGAAAAGGAUCCGGGAUCCAGUGGACCAGUGCAUUUCUCAUCACUUAUCACUUGUGAAAGAGCACUUCCCUGACGAGAAGGUGCAUAUCUUUUAUGACUAUGAGAUGUUGCCAAACCGGAAACCCAAGUUUCUGGCACAGACAGCUGCCCACGUGUCUGGAGCAGCAUAUUAUUACCAGAGGAAGGACGUGAAGUGUGAUCCCUGGGGAGAAAAGAAGAUCUAUGGUGUGUGUAUACAUCCCCAGUAUGGAGGCUGGUUUGCUAUCCGGGCUAUCCUCAUAUUUCCAGAAAUUCAGGUGCCGUUCCUGGAGCAGUAUGCCCCUGUCGACUGUGUGACCACAGAGGAGAGAAGAAUACAGUUGCUGGAGAAAUUCAAUUUCCACUGGCAGGACUGGAGCUACAGGGAUAUCAUUGAAGUGAAGGAACGAUACUCAGAGGAGCAGAAAACCUACUUUGCAACCCCUCCAGCAGAGCGUUUCAAACUGUUGGGGCUACAAGGAGGAAUGCAAAGAAGUGAAUUUUACUGAGUUACACGGUUCAGUGUACGAGGCAGGGAGUGAGCAAAGUGCAGCUCGCAAGCCCCAUAACCCUUUUUCGUAGCUGUGAAAAGGGGAUUUGAUGGUACAGGGAUGACACCCCCCAGCAGCAUACGCUGCAGCUCAAUCCAAAAGCUGCCCUUUCAGGUCAAAAUGGAGCAUUGCAUGCCAGGGUUUGUCAUCUGACUAUACGUAAUCAGGAAGGUAGCUGCAAGUCUGCUCCGGGUUAUUGCUAUUUACAAGCGUAUCCUUCUGGACCCUGGUAAGGUAUCGCCUGGCUUUCAUUUGGGCAGAGUUUAGGUGCCCUCGAGGCUGGGACAUUUAUGCUGCUGUUUGGAAAGACUGACUAUUUUUGAUCUGGGGAGACCUUUUUAUUUUAUUUUAUUUUAUUUUAUUUUAUUUAAUAGUAAGGAAUUAUUUAAUUUUCAAAAACCUGAAUGUAAAGCAGUUCGUCUCUGGAUGAACUCAGGGCAGAUUUUUUUUCCAAACGUAUAUCUAGCACUUUUACUGCCCUGGGAGAUUAUAUCACAGGGUAAAUUGUUUUAAAGGGCAUGCACCUUGAAAUCUAGUCCAGAAAUUUAACUUAAGCUAGUUUGAUUGUGAACGGACCCUGUUUUUUGUCUUGGCAGAGCUAGAUGCCAUGCUUUCGUACAGCUAGAGGGCUUUGGUCUUUUCCUGUGUCAGGAAGCGCACACACGCACACGCAGUGAGCAAGCUCUCUGGCUGAAUGCAUCUGUAAGUCAAUAUAUAUGCUGUCCCAUGUACAGAGUAAUAAGCAAGCCAAGAGAAGAAGAGUUUGUACCUCUCUGGUUCUCCUGUUAUACUUGCAUCCUUGCACAUAGCAUUUGGAGACAGAACUGUACCUUCAUUUUUAUUUUUUUUUUAAAUGGCUGUCCCGUGAAAUUGAAUUAUGCUUAAAGGAGCACGGGAAAUGGGAGAUUAAUAUAAAUUUAUACUAAAGCUAUAAGUGAAACCAAUCUCUAUACACUAAGCCAGGGGUUCCCAACCUUUUUAUACUGCGGACCAAAAAUGACCGUGGACUGGCAAACUCCAGACCAGCAGUGACCAGCAUACGACGGGCUGGCAGCCAACUCUGUUUUAUACUCAGUUGGCUGCCGAUCUGCAGUGUGUUGGUCACUUCCGGUCCAGCAGUACUGGAUUCUGGCCCGGGGGUUGGGAACCCCUGCACUAAGCUAAUAAUUUAAAGUUAUAACUUGAAGGUUUCCAAUCCUGUAAAGCAUCAAGCACUGGGUCUCUCAUUUGUAAUUUAUGCUGUAGUUUUACAUCAUUUAUGUGGAACUAGACAUUAAGGUAGACUUUGCUGUAAGAAUUUGAUUGUUAGAAAUUCAGCAAAGUUAAUUGUAACCUAAUCUUAACAGGUUGGCACAUACUAGCUAGGCUGAUUCAUCCAUUUCUUCGCAACCUUCUAUGUGUGCACAGCUCGUCUUGUUUCAGUCAGUCCUGUUCAUCAGACCCUAGCACCCUCUCCACUGCCAGGGUAAGAACAGCUGGCUCUUAAGUUAUUUUAACUUUUUUAGCAUCUGCCUCCCCAAAGUCCUCUCACAGCAUUGGUUGGCAAGUUUUGUUGCUUCUCUGUCCUUUUUUCACACUGCUUAGAUCACUAAAGAGCUCCUAAAAGAUGAGGGUUCACACCGAUGGGUCUACUGAGCAUAUCGCACCCUGUAACAAACUGAAUCCUUGCUCAUACUCAAGGAAAGAACUACAAAGGGCAUCAGUGGGGUUGAUGCAAUGAAGGAUCUUACCAUGAGUAAUGAAGAAUAUUACCAUGCAACACCAUGAGAUUGCAUAGCCUAAAUAGAGCGUAGUAUUGCAAGCCAGGAAUUCCCACAUACUAGAUACAGUCUUCCAGCAUCUUGCCUGUGCCAUCCUGCCCUGCCAUCUCUCCUGUGUACUUUUAAACAAGUCACUCUAACAUGCUGUUCUGUCUUCCCCAGCUGCAAAUUUGGAAAACACUCAAGGUUUUGGGUUUUUUUCCAAGGCAAGUGUCCUCCUUCUGCACCAAAAAAUAUUAUCACAGACUCUUGAAAUGGAGCCAACAGCCUUUGAUAUGCACAGUAAAAUCUAAAGUAUGGAUUUUAGCAGCACGCCUCCAAAGCUGCUGCUAAGAUUCCUUGCACUAGGACUGGUUGUUAAAACUCUAAUUUCUAUGAAAUUAAGUGGUACUUAAGACUGGAAUUUCAGUCUUCAUCAGUUUUGUUCACAUUCUCUUGCUGAGAUCACCUGAGCCAUUAUUUACCUUGUCUUCUGCCUUAGUCCCUUUCCCUCUUUAGCUUUCGAAGAGGGAAAACAAGAACACUUUUUUCAUUUGAGAUGUGGUCUGGUGGAUAUAGCAGAGUGUCUGGAGAUGUACUUACUGGUGCAUUUCAAGAGGAGACUAGAUGCAGCUGAAAAUCAUUGUGCACAAUAUGGGUUACAGCAUGAAUAUAUUUGCAUAUGUGCAUAGGCAGAUACAGGAUUUUGUGGGAGCAGUGACCAGCAUUGCAUGGGUGGCUGGUAGCCCCCUAGCCUCUAGCCUCCCCACCAGGGCAGGCAGACCACACUGCAGAAGCAGCAUCCAGGGAUUUUUUUUUAAGUCCUUGACCAGGUAAGGAUCCCCCUUCUCAGCAUCCCUGUCCUUCCUCUCCAUACUCAGCAGCAGCCCAGCCCUGCCCCUCCCAUUGCCCCCUCCUCUGCUUCCGCUGCACCUGGCUGACCCCAGGGGUAAGGAGAGCCCUGAAGUCCUCAGCAGCAAGAGGCAGGGGAGGGAGAGGAGAGGGAAGGUGCUGCUGAGAAUGAAAGGCAAGGGACCAGCGUGGAAAGUGCCUGGCUGUUUCUUCCCAUGGCAUGGUCCAAAACGUGUGGUGGCACAGCUGCCACCCGCACUCUAGAGCUGCCCCUAUGUAUGUAACAUGCAUUAGGUGACAACUUACUGUGCGGUACUGGAAUUUUUUUUAGUAUUUCAAUUUGAAAGUUUUAUUUUGGAAUUAUUUCUGGUUACACUGUUACCGUGGUCCUUUUUUUUCUUAACUGAUGUAGAAUUGAAAUGGAGUUUACUAAAAGUUUGUACUAAAGGAUCCAUAUUGGUACCAAGAUCAAUGUCCUGGAAUACUGUCAUGUAGAAAGAAAUUGUACUGAAUUUACAACUUUUUUAUCAGUGUUUGACUUUAUAAAUGUUAAAUAUUUUGUGUUGAAAUUCACUCAUUAAACAGUUAAGACCACUGUUACAAUUUUGAUGAUGCCUUUUGUAAUGUAUUUAUUUUCACAUUUUAUUUUGGGUAAUGAAAGUAAAAUACUGAGUGAACUUUUGUUUAAAUAACAUAACAGUUUAAUUUUGGGAGAACCUGAGAUGUUGAAUAUGCACCAGAUGCACAGAAGUAAACCAUAUUGGAUAGCAAGGGAAAGUAAAUGUUAGAAUUGCAGAUGUGUGACAGCAGGCAUGAUCAGAUUUGAUUCUGGGAUGAGUAUACUUUCUUUUGUAAUUAUCUCUUGCCAAGUUGCUUAUGUACCAAGAGACUAACAUGACGGCACACAAUAAAAGGACUUGACAACGAA